CAUAGAGUAUUAUCAGAGUUACAUAUCAAUAUUUUUAAUCCCUCGUGAGACCGUACCAUAGACAUAGUCACACACAGUUGUCCACGGCUAAAAAUAGGUUUUUUCAAGAAUAAACCAACAUGAGAGAGAGAUUGUCCCUAACUGGUUUUUUCAAGAAUAAACAAUUGUUUUGCAUCUAAAUGGGAUUAUUUUGAAUCCAAGAUCUUUGUGUUAGUGAUAAAUUUGACGGAUUGUGAAUCUGGGAAGAACACAAUUGUGUGGUAUCAUGAACAUCGCUACCUGUUUGAAUAAUAUUAUUAAGUUAAAACAAUCAAAUAUAAAAAUAUAUAUAUAAAAAAGACAAGUGCAUCGUAUUUUGUACAUCUCUACUAAAUAAUAAUAUUAUUAUUUAGUAAAAAAAAUUAAUUUUCUAAAAAAUACAAAUUUAUAAAAGGAUGUAAUGAUUAACUUUAAAACAAAUUUAAAUUUCUCGUAACCAUUUGAAUGUUUAAAAAGGAAUAUGGAUUAUUGCCCAAUUUAAUCCAAUCUAAAAAGCAUCUAAGCCCAUGUAUUAUUUCACUUCACCCGGCCCAGUCCAAAAUCUACCCGAAUAGCGUCUUAUACGGAGUACUUCCUACUCCGUAUAUUCCUUCUCCCAACUCCAUUUCGCCACUGCUUCCUGUCCAUUAGUUCCAUAUCCUUCUCUUUAUCUCUCAUAUGUUUAUCUUCUUGCACUAAAUUAAAUCCUUUCUGCUUAAGAAAUUGAAGGAUUAUGUCCCGAUGUCCUAUAUUUUGGAUCGUUCUUUUUGUAUGUUUUUCUUGCUGGUUCUUUUGCAAUUUUAUUUGUUUUUUUUCGUAAAUUGUUUGGGUUAUUCAUACACAGAUCUGAUAUCCCAUUUUUCGAAACAUAUAAUCGUUUUUAUUUUGAGAUAUAAAUAUGCCAUGCAUACUUUCCAGUAUCAUUUUUUCUUGAUGAAUUUUGGACCUCUCUGAGGUUCAUACAUUUCUUCUAUGUUUUUUAGUGGAUCUGUGUGAGAGGAUGUUCUUUUCUUCAAUUCAAAUCAUGAUUUAUUUGUUUUCAGAUCCAGGCAUAAUUAAAUUUUUCUUCGUACAAGAAGACAUGAUUCUUUUUUUCAUUUGUAAAAGAGGUCUCCGAUGAUAGACUUUAUAAACUGAUGUUAUUUUAGAUGUUACUUUUUUUGUAACAAUUUUCUGUUUUCUAAUAUUAUUGUAUUAUAGAUUCUGGGAUAUAUUUUCUGUUUUUUAAUAUUGGUAGUAAAUUUCAUGAAUCUUUAUAACAGCAAUAUAUGUCUCCCAAAAAAAUCUGUUUUCCUGAUUUUUUUUAGUUCUAUAUACUGUACUCCUUUAUAUCUAAAUAGUCUACUGCAUUUAAUUUAUAAAUAAACAAAGCAAUGUUCUUAUGUUGAAUUCUUUAAUUAUAGAUAUAAUAUAUUCCUGUGCAUGACACUUUUAUUUUUAUAUACUCUUCUGCUUUAAAAUAUAUCAAUUCAUUAUAAAUCAGAAAAAUACCAAUCAGAAACUGAAGAGUCCUACAUAUGCUCUAAUUUUUGAAUUAUUACUCUAUAUACUCUACUGCUUUUGAAUUAUUACCAAUGAUUUUAUUUCUUACAGGAGGAGUUUGUUUAAAUGAAGCUAGUAAAUUAUGCUUGAUAUUUUUUAAAGAAACAGCUUGAGAUGCAAGUAAGUAUAAUUAUAAAUUACUGUUUUUCAUCAAUUUAGAUAAUAUUAUCUAAACUAAGAAUAUCAAGUAACAGUUGCAAUUUCAUGUUUCCCAGAAAUAUCUCAUGCUAUACCAAAUGAACUGUGUUUACUAAAUACAUUUAUUAAAAUAACAGAAAGUAUUUGAAAUAAAGUGUGUUUACCUGUGUUUGUAUGGAGCCUCUUUCUUUUCCCUCUGUCUUUACCACUGGACAAUGAGCUAUUCAUUUGAUUGCCUAAAUAUAAAUAAACUUUAUCAUUUUGGGAUAUAAGAAAGAAAGAUACGGAGUAUAUGCUUUAUAAAUGAAAAACCAUUUUUUUGAAAAGUAUAGGGCUAGUGUUGAGGGAAGUUUCAGGGAUUUAGGCUAAGUAAAUAAGGUUUAUGGGUGAGUAGUGUGUAGGAGUGGAAGUGUAUAUAUAACUGGAAUGAACUAACUGUUAAUACACUGGGAGUUUCCAAACAGGAAGUGACUGUUUUGGUCUCUACCACUUGUAAUGAAUAAAUGUCAUGUGCUCUAGGGACUAUGUCCCAUGCUUGUACGUAAUUAAGUGAUUUCAUCAUAUUUUUGCAGGACUGCCAUACUUUGUUUGAAGUUGGGAUAAUUUGAAUAAUUAAGAGGCUUUGAUGAUUGGUUUUAUAUGUUUUCUCAUAUAUUGUUUACUGAAAGGAAGGAAAUUAAUACGUAUCUUGGAGUGAAAAUAUACUAUUUUUAGUAGCUUUGAAAGUCUUUGAAACUCAGGAUAAUGCCCAUUUCAGGAUUAGACCAGCAUGAGGUCGUCUACUUUCAACACCCUUUUUUACUCCUUUUCAACUUCAAUUGGGAUUUGAAUUGGUUUUAAUCAUAUUUAUAUAUGGUGCUAUAAUUGUUUUUGGCAGGAUAAUGCCCAUUUCAGAAGUAUAUCACCAUUCAAUGCAUACUUUCCACACCUUUUUUUACUCCUUUUCAUCCAUAAGCUGAUGCCACGUGUAGCAAACUAUUCUCAUCCAUUGGAUGCAUAAUUAUGGCAGAAAAAACAGGAAUGAAAUUGGAAAAAAUUUCUUAUGGGCUUUUAUAUAUAAAGUAGAGUAUGAUGUAUCUCUAAUGAGGCUGUGACGACAUCAAUGCGUAUUUACCAAUGCUAAUAACGAAGAAUUAACGAAAUGAUUCGUAUCUUGGCGAGGCAACCUCGAACUUUGAGAUCAUCAUUGCAGCCAUGACAAUCAUAUCGUUUAGCUUAGCAAUGGAAAAUAAUUCCGAGCCUCAACGAUUGUUCUUUUUUUUUGGAAUUUUUAAACGGAUUUUAAAUAUGUUGAAUUUGUGAUUUGUAUCUUGGGAAGGCAACAUUUAGAUUACAAUGGGUUUGCAGCCAUGGCAAUCACAUAUCCAUGUGUAUCAAUGGAAAAAAUUCAGAGCCUAAAUAAAUUUUCGUGAACUACUUGGCUUGGACUGGCUCUUUGGAGAUUGCAUGUACUGGAAUUCUUGAUGUGGGGAUAACUCUCUUUUGUCCAGAACUGAUUGUAUGUCUUUAUAGAUAGAGAUCUCAUUAGAUGAUGCCACGUGUAGCAAACUAUUCUCAUCCAUUGGAUGCAUAAUUAUGGCGGGAAAAUCAUGAAUGAAAUUGGCAAAAAUUUCUCAUGGGCUUUUAUAUACUCCGUAUAUAGUAGAUAUAGAGUAGGAGAAAUCAGGAAAAAAAUGACACAUAAGGACUUAAUUCUGAAAUUAAGUAAAGAAUGGACCAGGGGUAAAAUUGGAACUUUAUGCCCAAAUUGAAUUUGAUGCUCGAUCGUGGCUUCUUCGCUGGAAUUUGGCGACGUAGCUCAGCAUCGCCGAAAAUGGGGGAGGCGGGUCGCCGUUCGUCGCUCGCGAAUCGUCGCUGGAGUGGAGCUCGUCGCUGCUGGAAGCUGCUGCCCGUCGCCGGGCCUGGAGGCUCGCCGGAGGUCGCCGUCGUCACCUCUGCUCUUCGCCGUCGGAAACUCAUCGUCGCCGCUGGAGGAUGCUGGAUUGCGGCUGGGUCUGGUCGCGAUUAGCUCCGGGUCGCGUUCCUCCGUGUCUCUGUCUGAUUAGCAUAACUUGAUUUGGGGAAAUAAAACUUCUAGAAAUUC